AAUUAUGUUUCGCUUCCAAGACGGGGGCGUGUUUAAAUGUCAUUUUACUGAUCAUUUCUUUCAGUUUUGAGCUUUGUCGACGACGACUCGAUGCAUUGAAUUCCAUAUUUUUUUAUAUCCAGUCGACUCGUCAGUUGCCUUUGCUAUAAACAUUAGCUGCCGUCAGUCCUCAGAACAACAUUGGAUACCCUGUAUUGUGUGAGCCAUGGCCAAGUCAGACAAUUUGCCUCUGGAGGAGGAGAUGGUGAGCAUCCUGGGCCAAUGUGGACCAGCUCUGACUUACGCCCUGCAAAGCAAGUUUGGAUGCACUGCCGUGCUCCAUGGUGUGGAUGCUGCCAGUGCAGGUGCAGGACAGUCCAUGAAGCCUGAGAUGAGGUUUUCUACCCAGCUGUCCAAGGGCCUCAGGGUGUCUGUAUGGAGGGACGACCUUACCACUCAUCAUGGCGUAGAUGCUGUGGUCAACGCGGCCAAUGAGCACCUCAGUCAUGGGGCAGGUCUCGCCAAGGCGCUUAGCGAUGCCGGUGGCCCAGAUAUCCAGCGAGAGAGUGAGCGGUACAUAAAGACCUUCGGAAAGUUGGUAACGGGAAAUGCCAUCGUUGCCCCACCUGGAUACCUUCCAUACAAGAAGAUCAUUCAUGUCGUUGGUCCAUGCCUACCAUACAAGCCCUCAAAAUCUGAUGUUAAUAUUGCCACACCAAAACUUGAAAAGGCUGUUAGAAACAUUCUAGAGGAGAUGAAGAAACAUCAUCUGAAGUCUGUUGCCAUUCCUGCCAUAAGUUCUGGCUUGUUCAACUUUCCCUUGCCACUCUGUGCAGACGUCAUUGUUAAAACCCUGAAACAGUACCAUGAUCACAAUUACUCCGGAGCUCCUUUAGAGGUUCGCCUGGUCAAUCACGAUGACCUAUCGGUCGGGGAGAUGAAGAGAGCAUGCUGUGAAAUACUGGGGUCAACGGUUUCACACAGUCAACCAGCGGCAGCUCGGGGGCAGCCACCUAAAGCUUCAUACAGUAAAGCUGUGAGUCACGGAAAUGGCUCAACUUUGAUGAAAGUCAACAAUGUCACUCUGAACCUCACAAAAGGAUACAUUGAGAAACAGAAGACAGGCGGCAUUGUGAACACAAUUUCUUCCAACCUUGAUUUGUCAUCCGGGGCAAUAUCCAAAGCAAUUCUGGGAAAGGCUGGAAAAGGCAUACAGGGGGAGAUAUCGAAAUUCUACAACUACAACAAAUACAGUGACGUUAUUGAGACCAGUGGACACAAUUUAUCAUGCAGUUACGUGUACCACACGAUAUGUCCUCACAAAAGUCAAGCAUCUGAAAAGGUUCUUGGUGACGUCAUCUCAAAGUGUCUGAGCUUGGCCCAAAAAAAACGGCUGUCAUCAAUCUCCUUCCCAGCCAUUGGUACUGGUAUGUUGGGCUUCAACAAGCAAGAGGUUGCCCAGAUUAUGAUGGACACAGCAGUGGAAUUUUCCAAGCAAAACAAUGGCACGAACAUGGAAAUCUAUUAUGUUAUAUAUCCAGAGGACACUGAGACAUAUAGGGCUUUUGAAGACAAAUUGAAAUCUCUUCAAGGCGCAACACAAUAUUCUAGCUCCUUCAACAGUCCCUCCGCUCAAGGUGAGAUCCCAGUCAAAAGAAGUAGAAGUGUAUUUGAGCCCACAACUGGCUAUUUCGACUCCAGAGAUCCAAGGGAAAGCGCACAACCAUAUAUUGAGCUCAGCGGUGCCUUUGAUGAGACAUUGAGAGAGGCCAGAUCCUGGUAUUGUUCUGUUUUCUACCCUGUCUCCAAGAAUGUCUUCACCAUUCGCAACAAUUUCAUCCAGCACUUUGGUCAACAUGAGUUUGGAAAGCUGCUGAAUUUUCAGACCAAGUUCAAAGUUUCCAUUGAGGUGUUCUUUAAAGAUGGUUGUGCCGGCGUGAACAUCCAUGGGGCUUUUAGAGAUGUCACAGCUGCUGUAUUAGAGGUGGAAGCCAUGUGCUGCAAAGUCCAAGAGGAUUUCGCUAAAGAAGAGGAGCGUGACAUGGACCUGAGAACUUCCACCAGUUCCCCAAGGAAGCCUGUCGACGAGAGCAGUUCUGACUAUAGAGAAAGACAGCUGAAUUUUUCCGGCCUUAAAAUUGUCAGGGUUGAGAAAGUGGAGAACAGUGCCCUGAAGCAGGUCUUCGAGCUUAAAAAGAAGCAGUUGGACGUGUCUACCUCUCAGCGAAUGUACCAGCGCCUGCCAGCGCAAUACUGUCAUCUGCUCAACAGAGUGGGCUUCCAGAGGGAGUUUGCACCACCUGACGAGCUAAUCUACGGAGAGGGGAUCUACUUCAGUGGCAGCGUGGAUGGGGCAAGGAAGCAGUGGAAAGGCUUGGCAGACGAGGCAUACCUGUACUUCGUUGAGGCGCAAGUGCUGACAGGGAAGUCCACACAUGGCUCACCAGAUCUUAUUGUGCCACCGGUGAUCCCCAGUGGAGACCCCAUCACUCUUUAUGACAGCGUGAAAGGGGGUGUGGACACCUUUGUCAUCUUCAAUGGUCACCAGGCCCUACCUGAAUAUCUGAUCAUCUGCAAAAAAGAAUGAAGUUGAUAAUGGGUGAAAUAUUGUCAUAUGAAGUAAUUUUGUUUUAAAAUAACCAUAUGUAUCUUUAUUUUGUGCUUUACUGUAGAAUAUGCAGGAAAACUGGAUUUAGAUCCACUUUAUUAUCCCAUCGGGGAAAUUAAUUUGAUCAUGUGCUGAAGCCUGUACAUGAAAACCGAGAAACUACACAAUAUAAUUCAUUCAAAGUGAUAUAGCUACACAUUUAAAGUGAAAGUGCAAUAUGCUGAAUACUCGAGGGACCAACAGACUAUUAUACAGCCUAAUGACUGUUGGAGUAAAAGAGUCCCCAUAUCUAUCUGUUUUGAUCUUCUUUAUGAAGAAGUCUCUUUCCCCUUGUCCGGCUGCUGCUGCGACUGAGUUUGGAGUGAAGGGGAUGUGUACUGUCCUGUAAAAUGCUUUCAAGUUUUAGUUUUGUGUAUAGGUUGGUGACUGAUUCUUGAUCUAUACCAAUUAUCCUUCCCGCCGUCUUAAUCAAGCGCUGAAGCUUGACUUGGUCUUGCACUCGCAUGUUUCCAAACACGCAUGUCAGACCAAUGGACGGCACGCGCUGCAGGACAGAUUUCUUGAGGCUUGGUCUGGGUGGAGGGAAAUUCAAUUCAGACAUGUUUGCAUCACAUUUAUAUUGUUUUUUUUUGUCAUGGUUUUGUUUCAAUUUCUGCUUCAGUAGCAAAGCACUAUGGUUUCAGUUUAUAACCAACAAAAUGAAUGCAAUUGUUGAAUAAAUGUUAUCUCAGCAAUGGGUUGUAAAUGUUAUGUAAUUUUUAUUGAUAAUACUGACAAUCCUUUGCUUGUUUUGUAAUGAGUUCGUAUUGUGAUAGCAUUAUGUAAACCUAUAGCAACAUGCUUUGGUAGACAGUAAUUUGCUUUUAUUACACUGGAUGAUACAGUUACAUAAAAAACAGAACUCUACACUAGCCAUCAAUGAACAAUGCAAUAAACUAUUUUAUUAGAUGUAUGUAAAAAGGUUAUGGUUCACAAUAUUCUGGCAAUGAGCAACUUGGAAGGACUACAGAGUAGGAUUUUGCCAUAUUGCGUUAAACAAUUAAAUAUACUGUAACUGCUUACAUACUGAUACUGUACUUCCACCUAGUACAUAAAUAAUUAAAAUAUGAUUUGAGGUUUAA